UUUUUCCUUGCUGGAUUUAUGGUGCCUCAUAAGUUUAGAUAUAGACAGCAUGUGUGUCAAACGGUAACCUGAGAUGGUUUUCCCUUUUGGUCUGUGGGAUGAUCCCCAUGCUUAGCUCUGAAUGAAACCAAACGUAGUAAAUAAAUGUAUUCCUUGGGCAAAGAUCACAACCUUUUUAGGUUAGGAAUAUGCAUUAUAUCGGAGUACUGUGAGGAGUUGACAUCAGCACUGCGCAAAGAACAUGUAGUCACUUACUGAAUUGGUUGCCAUACCUUUGACAUGAACAAUUUAAUUGCCCAAAGAAAAAUGUUACUUCAUCUGGUUGUAGUUGUUAUUUGAAUGUAUGCAUAAAGUAGGCUUCAGAAAACACAAAACAUGGUUCCAGAAAGAAGAUUGCGCCUGAUACUCAGUUCCCCCCUUUGGGGUGGACUAUAUUGGAGAAAUUCAGCAUACAGUAAUCCAUCAACAUCAGUACAGUACUAGUCUAGCUGUUUGCGAGUGGUAGUCAUUUAGAAUCCUUUUCAAAUUAAUACAUAAGUAAUUUUGAAGCCUGUUUCAGUGUUCCAGUGAAAGGACACCAGUCUGGCUUGUAAAUGGGAUUGCAUGUCUGUGAGUUGACUGAUUGCAGGCCAAGUAUGAAGCUGAUGGUCUAAGAGAAAAAUGAAAAGAAUGGAAAACAAGAGGAAGUGAAGAGUUGCUGGAAAUCAUUCUUGCUUUCAUAUAAAAUCAGUUACUUAACUAAUAUUUGGGUUUAUCUUCUAAGAUCAGUAUCUAAAUAAGAACCCAGUUAUAGCUUUUUUUCCUCUAAACCCUUUCGUUUAACCUAUUUAUUACUAAGAGGAUUUUAUGUCUUUGGGGUUUCCUUAUUCUACACUUUUAAAUCAAGUUCUUCACACUGAAAUAUCAGUAUUCUUUUGAGGGCUUAAAAGUAUAGUAAUACAAAACUUGUCAUUUAAAAGAAGUAAAUUGGCAUAUUAUUGAAAAGAUAUUACUGAGUUUUCAGGUUUUUUCCCAAAAUUAUUUAUAGUGGAAGGCUGUGGAGGGUUCAGCUGAGUGCCUUUCAGUUUGAAUGUUCCAGUUGUCCACAAACAUUUAAAAAAAAAAAAUUAAAAAAUCAAAAAUAUUGCCCAAGUUUUUGCUUACAAGUCUCUAUCUGCCUUUAAGGUUUUUAAUGGACUUUCUUUCUCGGUGUCGCACACUUGACUGUAUGUAGCAGUCACUUGAAACAGAAGCUGCUGCACUUCUUGCAAGGAUAAUUUGAGGAUUAUAUGCUUCCUUAUCUGUUUCAACAUGUGAACUCUUAAAAGGAUCUCUCUUACUCUCUGUAGCUCUUGUAUGACUUUAUAGUCUGGACUAUGAUUUUUGGUAUAAUUAUUUUUAUGCUGUCUUUACUUGACCAAAGUUUGAAUGCUAUGGAUACCUAAUACAUUUCUGCUGUGGAGUCUAUCCCAGGUUAUUAGGGUCUGUAAUUGAAAAUUUCCUGUAGAAGCAUACAAUGAAAACUUGGUGGUGUUAAGGUUAAAUUUGUUUGAUUUUCUUCAUAUAACAGUAGUGAAUGCAGAUUAAUUAUGUAAAGCAUUAGUAGUUGUGGGAUCUAUUGUUUAAAUGACUUCAGGAUUAAUUAUAGUAUUUGUUACAUUUCUGUACUUCUGUCUAGAGUAUUCUCAAACUUCCUUUUGAGAGAUAGCAUUAACAUGUUGUGCGUAGAGAUAUAUAUGUAUACAAAAAUAUACAUGGUAUAUAUACGUACACACAAAAAGCAGAACGCCUUUUUUAGGGGAAAAUAAUUUUGUGUGUGCUGUUAUAAAAGAAUACCACUUAGACCAAUGGACAUGUUUUAAUAGGUUAUACAGGGGACACCUUUUUUUAGCUGUGUACUUUCAAAAUAUUGUAUUUCAGUAAUAGCUUGGACGCAUGUUUCACUUUACAAACAUAGUGCUUGAUUUUAUCUGUGUAACUUCUAGUUGCUUCUGUUGUUUUUUCUAACAUACAGGAACUGUAAUAGACUCAGGUAAUGAAUGAUCUACUUUGUAUUUUCAGGUCAGUAGGAAAGGAAGCAAAUUCAUGGGACAGCUAUUAGCCAUUGGGAAGCCUGAAAAAGCUUUUGCUUGAUGAGAUGCUCAGAUGUCUUUUGAGUGGCUUUUGUGGAGAGAGCAAAGCGAGAUCUGAAAUCCAAAUCGAUGGCAUCUGUUCUACUCCAUUGGGGGGAGUAGAGCCUUAGUGGCUGCUGAGGAGGCCUGGGGCACAGGGGAAGGAGUGAUGGUGAUGCAGGAAUCGGAAACACCUCAUGUGGGCAUCUAGUAGUGAUCUCCCUGCACCUACUUCUCUCUAGCAUGGCAGUAGUGCCUUUACAGCAGGAGCAGUAGCUGGGAGGAGCACGUUCGGGAAUGCGUGUGUGUAUAUGAAAUGCUCUCUAGAUGGUUAAUACGGGGGUUGCUGGGAAUAAAGCCUAUUAAUUGUAGGUAAAAUUUAACUUUCACUUCUAAAAAGGUGCUUUUAUUUCUCCCUUAAACAUAUGACUCCGUGAUCAGUCAGCCUUUGGAGGAAUGGUACUCUGUGGAGGUUUGGGAGCUGGAUGACUUUCAUGAGGAUGGCUCCUUACAAUUCUUUUGGCAGAUCAUGAGUUUAGGGAGAAGCAGCUGCAGUGACAGAGCAAAGGAAUAAAGUGGUGUGUUGGGAAAAAUAUUUUAAACCAUAGGAAAAUGAUGGGUUAAUAUUUUUAUUAAUCCUAUUAUCAAAUCAGUGACACAGUCCAACACCUGUCAUAAAAAUAAUUAACUUUGAGUUGCACUCCAAACUACUUAGAAGCAACUGGAAGUUUAGAGGUAGGUUAAACACCCUCUUUCCCCUUCUUCAAAACUGAGGUCUCUUGCUUAACUCUGAUGUUUGUGGGAUGUCAUGAGACAUGUGGUGAUGACUGCCGGCACUAGUAUGCCAAGUGUGGCCAGCAGGAACGUAGCCGGUGGUGCAGCACAGAGACCACAGGCUGAGCUCUAUCUUUGUGUUGUUCGGCACCAAAGUUGUGCCGGAAACAAACUUGUGGCCAGGCUGGAGGAGGAGGGCGGCGUACGAGCCUUUCUGCUGUGACACUCUGAGCAAGGAUGCAAACCUCAGGAAAGUGCAUCUGUGGUACUUACUGUAACGUACGGCAAUUAUGCUGAACUGGUUUCUGACAUUAAUAGGUCAGAGUCUCGUGGUAUCAGAAGUUAGUCAUUGAUUAACUCGGGUGCUUUGCAGAUAAGUAACUUUUGCAAGAAUCCACACACCAGAGAGUGGUCGGUCUGUUUCUGGAACCAUUACCCAGGGAUGCAAUAUGACAACAGCUAGAAACUGAAAAAGAAAAACAGAAGAGAAACAUCUCUUUAAAAAAGAUGGUGGGGGUGUGCUUAAAAGAAGCAUAAGCGAUUGGAUUACAACUCUGACAUUUUGGAGCGCAAGUGAUGUUAAAACAAUUUGAAUGUAUCAGAGCAUGGCUGCUUCUUAAAAUGCAAAAGUUAAAGGAAAUCUUUGCUUGUCAAAACCUACUGAAUAUCUGAAUUUUCUAGACAUCCUGCAUUUAACUGUGUCCUUAAAUGUCCGUGAUUAAGAUCUCAUGCAACCAUUGUAUAUUUUGGAGACUAUUCUCCAAAAGAGAACUGUGCAUUUAAAAAGCAGAAAUGACUGUGUUUUCCCUUGGAACUUACUAAGCUUGAACAUACUGAAAGAUCAUGACCAGCUUGAAGCGGUCCCAGACCGAAAGGGCUGUUGCCACGGGGGUAUCAGUUGGAACAGAUGGCACCUCAAAAGUCCACUCGGAUGACUUUUAUAUGAGGCGCUUUAGGUCACAGAAUGGCAGCUUAGGAUCUGCAGUCAUGGCGCCAGUUGGACCUCCUCGCAAUGAAAGUUCCCAUCACAUUACCUCUACUCCUGGAGUCCCUAAAAUGGGGGUCAGGGCAAGGAUUGCUGAUUGGCCCCCAAGGAAGGAGAACAUCAAGGAAGCAAGCAGAUCUAGUCAAGAUAUUGAAACAUCAAGUUGCCUUGACAGCAUGUCUUCUAAAAGCAGUCCUGGGAGUCAGGGAAGCUCUGUUAACCUGAAUGCUAGUGAUUCUGUCAUGUUAAAGAGCAUCCAGAGCACACUUAAAAACAAGACCAGACCAUCUGAGAAUCUAGACUCCAGGUUUCUUACACCUGAUGGCUAUCCCAGUUCCCCAAGGAAAGCUCUUCGCAGAAUAAGACAACGCAGCAACAGUGACAUUACCAUAAGUGAGCUCGAUGUGGAUAGUUUUGACGAAUGUAUUUCACCCACUUUUAAAUCUGGACCAUCUCUGCACAGGGAGUAUGGCAGCACAUCUUCCAUAGAUAAGCAGGGAACUUCAGGGGAAAGUUUUUUUGACUUAUUGAAGGGCUAUAAAGAUGAAAAGUCUGAUCAGAGAAGCCCAGCCACAACUAAGCUCAGUGAACUCCUGAUUGCCAGUGGAAGCAAGGGUUCAGGAUUCUCUCUAGAUGUGAUAGAUGGACCUAUUACUCAAAGGGAAAACCUGAGACUCUUUAAGGAAAGGGAGAAGCCACUCAAGAGACGCUCAAAAUCAGAGACAGGAGAUUCAUCCAUUUUUCGUAAGCUGCGCAAUGCCAAAGGUGAAGGGGAGCUUGGGAAGUCUUCAGAUCUUGAAGAUAACAGGUCAGAAGAUAGUGUCAAGCCUUGGACUUGUCCGAAAUGUUUUGCUCAUUAUGAUGUACAGAGUAUUUUAUUUGAUUUAAAUGAAGCGGCAAUCAACAGACAUAAUGUUAUUAAAAGAAGGAACACGACCACAGGUGCAUCUGCUGCUGCUGUAGCAUCGCUUGUCUCUGGACCCUUGUCCCACUCUGCAAGUUUCAAUUCUCCAAUGGGCAGCACUGAAGACCUGAAUUCAAAAGGAAGUCUCAAUAUGGACCAGGGGGAUGAUAAAAGCAAUGAACUUGUGAUGAGUUGUCCUUAUUUUCGUAAUGAGAUUGGUGGGGAAGGGGAGAGGAAGAUCAGCCUUUCCAAAUCUAAUUCAGGUUCCUUCAGUGGAUGUGAAAGUGCCUCGUUUGAGUCGACUCUGAGUUCCCAUUGCACGAAUGCCGGAGUAGCAGUUCUGGAAGUUCCCAAGGAGAAUCUAAUUUUACAUCUAGACAGAGUGAAAAGAUACAUUGUUGAACAUGUAGACCUUGGUGCAUAUUAUUAUCGAAAAUUCUUCUAUCAGAAAGAACACUGGAACUAUUUUGGGGCAGAUGAGAACCUGGGUCCAGUAGCUGUGAGUAUAAGAAGAGAGAAGCCAGAGGAAAUCAAAGAAAAUGGACCUCAGUACAACUACCGGAUCAUAUUCAGAACCAGUGAGCUUAUGACAUUAAGAGGCUCUGUGCUGGAAGACGCUAUCCCUUCAACUGCAAAGCAUUGCACAGCCAGGGGACUUCCCCUAAAAGAAGUGCUGGAGUAUGUGGUUCCUGAGCUGAAUAUCCAUUGCCUGAGGCUGGCCUUCAACACUCCAAAAGUCACAGAACAGCUUAUGAAGCUGGAUGAACAAGGGUUAAGUUACCAACUUAAGGUGGGUAUCAUGUACUGCAAAGCCGGGCAAAGCACAGAAGAAGAAAUGUAUAAUAAUGAAUCAGCAGGUCCAGCCUUUGAAGAGUUUCUUCAGCUCUUGGGAGAAAGAGUUCGACUCAAGGGAUUUGAAAAGUAUCGUGCUCAACUGGAUACAAAGACUGAUUCAACAGGUACUCACUCUCUAUACACAACAUACAAGGACUAUGAAAUUAUGUUCCAUGUUUCUACUAUGUUGCCAUAUACUCCAAACAACAAGCAGCAGCUUCUGAGAAAACGACAUAUUGGAAAUGAUAUUGUGACAAUAGUUUUCCAGGAGCCUGGAGCACAACCAUUCAGCCCAAAGAACAUUCGAUCCCACUUCCAGCACGUCUUUGUCAUUGUAAGAGUGCACGGUCCCUGUACUGACAGCGUUUGUUACAGUGUUGCUGUGACAAGAUCCAGAGAUGUACCAUCCUUUGGACCACCUAUUCCAAAAGGAGUCACGUUUCCUAAAUCAAAUGUUUUCAGGGACUUCUUACUAGCCAAAGUCAUUAAUGCAGAGAAUGCGGCUCAUAAAUCAGAAAAGUUUCGUGCGAUGGCCACUAGAACCCGUCAAGAGUACUUGAAAGACUUGGCAGAGAAGAAUGUCACUAACACACCUAUUGACCCUUCUGGCAAGUUCCCCUUCAUCUCGCUUGCUUCAAAAAAGAAAGAAAAGUCCAAGCCUUAUCCAGGAGCAGAGAUCUAUAGUUCUGGUGCUAUUGUAUGGAGUGUCCAUGCAAAAGACUACAGCAAGGGUAUGGAAAUAGACUGUCUUCUAGGCAUCUCUAAUGAGUUUGUAGUCCUCAUUGAACAGGACACGAAAAGCGUGGUGUUCAAUUGCUCCUGUCGAGAUGUGAUAGGGUGGACUUCAACGGACACAAAUAUCAAAAUAUUCUAUGAGAGAGGUGAAUGUGUUUCUUUGGAGAGCUUCAUCAGCAACAUUGAUGAUAUCAAAGAGAUCGUCAAAAGGCUGGAGCUUGUGACUAAGGGCUGUGAAACAGUGGAGAUGACUCUGCGUAGGAAUGGUCUGGGUCAGCUUGGUUUCCACGUAAACUAUGAAGGCAUCGUGGCAGAUGUUGAGCCCUAUGGCUACGCGUGGCAGGCAGGACUGCGACAAGGCAGCCGGCUGGUGGAAAUCUGCAAGGUGGCUGUAGCCACUCUGAGCCACGAGCAAAUGAUUGACCUUCUGAGAACAUCAGUAACAGUGAAGGUCGUCAUUGUCCCUCCGUAUGAGGACUGCACACCACGCAGGAGUUCUUCAGAAAACUACCGUAUGCCAGUGAUGGAAUACAAAGUAAAUGAAGGAAUGUCGUAUGAAUUCAAAUUUCCCUUCAGAAAUAAUAACAAAUGGCAGCGAAAUGCAAGCAAAGGACAGGGACCUCAUGUGGCUCAGGUACCAUCCCAAAUACAGAGUCCAGUAACAUCUAGGAUUGGCUCUGGGAAAGGAGAAGGGAAAAUGCCACCCCCAGAACGAGCAGCCAACAUCCCCCGAAGCAUCUCUAGUGAUGGGCGCCCGUUGGAGAGCCGGAGGUUGUCUCCCGGUUCUGACGUCUAUGUCACGGUUUCAUCUAUUGCCUUAGCAAGAUCGCAACAGUGCCGUAAUUCUCCAAGCAACUUAUCAUCCUCAAGCGAGACUGGCUCUGCUGGGGGCACAUACAGACAAAAAUCUAUGCCAGAAGGGUUUGGAAUUAGCCGUAGAUCCCCUGCUUCCAUUGACAGGCAGAACACGCAAUCAGAUACGGGUGGUAGCGGCAAAUCCACACCCAGCUGGCAAAGAAGUGAGGAUAGUAUCGCUGACCAGAUGGAACCAACGUGCCAUCUCCCAGCAGUAUCCAAAGUGCUGCCAUCCUUCAGAGAAAGCCCCAGUGGAAGACUGAUGAGACAGGAUCCUGUGGUUCACUUGUCUCCGAAUAAGCAGGGUCAUUCUGACAGCCACUACUCCAGCCAUUCCAGCAGCAAUACUCUCUCCAGCAAUGCCUCCAGCGCUCACAGCGAUGAGAAAUGGUAUGACAGUGGAGAGCGCACCGAAUCAGAGCUGAACAGCUACAACUACCUUCAGGGGACUUCGGCUGAUAGUGGCAUAGAUACCACUUCCUACGGACCUAGCCAUGGCAGCACUGCCUCCCUGGGAGCAGCAACAUCUCCCCGUACAGGGCUAACAAAGGAGAAAGUGGCACCGCUGUGGCAUAGCUCCAGUGAAGUGGUCUCCAUUGCAGACAGGACAUUGGAAAAAGAGAGCCACAUAGACCGAAAGACCGAGUCUUCGCUGAGCCUGGAUAUUCACAGCAAGAGUCAACCAGCCUCCAAUCCUUUAACGAGGGAGAACAGUGCUUACAGUCUUAGUGAUGCUGUCUCGCAUACAAGUACCAUGAGCUCACGACAUUCUGCCAGCCCGGUUGUUUUCACCAGUGCCAGAAGCUCACCUAAAGAAGAGCUUCAUUCUGCUACUUCUCCCCAGCUCGCACCUUCUUUCUCCUCCUCCUCUUCCUCCUCAUCUGGUCCUAGGACUUUCUACCCUCGCCAGGGUGCUACUAGCAAGUAUCUGAUCGGAUGGAAAAAGCCAGAAGGGACAAUAAACUCAGUGGGGUUUAUGGAUUCAAGAAAACGUCACCAGAGUGAUGGCAAUGAAAUGGCCCACCCUCGGCUGCGUGCUUCAGCUAGAGAUCUACGAGCAUCACCCAAACGAGCAUCCAAGUCCACUGUUGAAGAAGAGUUGAAGAAAUUGAUAGAUCUUGAUAGCCCAACACCUGAAUCCCAGAAGAGUUUUAAGUCACACACUCUGUCCUGUCAGUCUCCCUUUCCCAGCACUCCUACCACAAGGCGUGCCUUGCAAAGGACUUUGUCAGAUGAGAGUAUUUACAGUGGUCAAAGGGACCACUUCUUCACCUCGCGGGCCUCGCUCUUGGACCAAGCCAUGCCAAACGAUGUACUAUUCACCAGCACGUACCCUUCUCUCCCAAAGUCACUGCCAUUACGGAGACCGUCGUAUACUUUGGGAAUGAAAUCACUACAUGGUGAGUUUUCUGCCUCAGACAGCUCCCUCACAGAUAUCCAGGAGCAAAGACGGCAGCCCAUGCCAGACCCUGGUCUUAUGCCAUUGCCUGAUUCUGCCUCUGAUCUGGACUGGUCAAACUUGGUAGAUGCUGCCAAAGCUUUUGAAGUUCAGCGAGCUUCAUUCUUUGCUGCUGCUGAUGAGAAUCACAGACCUGUGAGCGCUGCCUCCAGUGGUGAUCAGGCCGAGGACCAGCUUACUGCACAGAUAAAGCCUUACACAGGUAAAGAAUCUCCUCCAACUCUCGCCUCUAAAGUGGACCAACUGGAAGGUUUGCUGAAGAUGCUGCAAGAGGAUUUAAGGAAGGAAAAAGAGGACAAGGCCAGUCUUCAGGCUGAAGUGCAACAUCUGCGGGAAGACAACUUGAGGUUACAGGAGGAAUCCCAGAACGCAACCGAGAAACUGAAGAAAUUCACCGAAUGGGUUUUCAACACGAUUGAUAUGAACUGAGAAGAGUGUGCAGGGAAGGAAACUAUCUGUUAUGAAUAUUAUUACUGGGACUUAAGCUUUAAUGCCACCUUAAUCAUGACAUGUGAAAGUAUAGUCGGAGCACUUCCCUGUCCUUCAUCCUCUAAUAACCCUUUUUUGCAUCUCUGCGCGCACUCAGAACAAUUGCAGAUCAACAAUCAAUGUCUGCCUUUUGUAGAAAAAAAAAAGUAAAUAAUUUUAAAAAGGUAAAAUAAAAGUUUAACUGCUAAAAUGUGAAUGUCUAUUUUUUGCACAUUGUCUCUUUAUCUGUUAUGUAAAAAAUGAUUUGGAGGUUGGAUCAGGCUUGCUGUUCCAUCGGCCUCUGUUUCCAUUAACUCCUUUAUCUCUGUUUCAGGUAAUCUGCUUUUCCUUGCAGCUUUGGCAAAUAUUAUGACAUCUAGAAAAUUAGAAAGAAGUGUUUAUUUUCCUGCUCUUCUUACGUUGUUUUCUGAAGUAUGCCACAGACAAGGGGAUGUAAUGCAAUGUUUUAGGUGUCUCCUUAGCAAUUUGCGCUUGAUUGCUAGUGCUACCUUCCCAUACGUUACAGAGAAUGCGUGUCCAUAGUGUAUGGUACAGUACAACCAGCAUCGUAACAUUUGGAGAGAGACUAGAGACGGGAGCCAUGGGUGAGGCGUAUUAUCACACAUCUCUUGCAUUAGCAUUUCUGGUAGCCUUUGUUUCCUGUGGAAACAAUGGCUGCAAGUAACUUUACCAACAGCAAAACGAGGCAUGCUGCAGUUCAUACCGUGUCAGGCAGGCUGAGAGAUAGUGAGCACUGUUGCUGUACCGCUUAAGUAGAGUCCCCUUCCCUUCCAGGGGAAUCUGUUACUUGCAUAUGUGCAGAGGACUUAGGCUGAAGUUGUAAAGAGAUUUAAGAUUUCUUUCCCCUGAACUGUUUCCAUGAAAAGUCAUAUAAACUGUCUCCGUGCGCCUGCCCUCCCGUUCCAUUUCUCCAGACUUCUCAAAUCACAGCAGAUUUGAGAGAUGUUUAUUCAACUUGUGUUUUAUUACAUGAGAGGUCUUAUAAAUCUUUUAGUAUUGUAGACGGAGGCAUAUGUAAAGGUGAAUUAGAGAAGUGUAUUUUUCAAAGUACUGGGAUAGGAUUGGAGUUCUGAAAUCCCCAGUCCCCAGUGAAACUGUCUAGCAUGAGAUUUCCCAAACUGCCUCAUGCCAGGAAAGUUAAUUUCUUGUUCUUUGAAGGAACAGCUAGCUUGCCACAACACGUUACCUCUCCAGAAAUACCUUUUAGGUGUCAGAAUACGACUUUUGAGCGCCACAGUCUGCACAGGCAUUGAACUGUGCAGCGUGCUGAGAAACCUUUUCUACUCCCUUCUGAGGAUACAGUUGCUACCUUAAUAAAUAUUGCCCCGCAUAAAGCGCAGUAUAUUUGGGGGUUAAUUUCAAGAGCAUCCACUCCCUCCCGUUUACCACAUUCUCAAAUAGACAGAUUAAAAUCAUCAGGCAUAGUCUUGUCACAGAAACUUCCACGGUCUUUUCAAAUCCCUUUUUCAUGCUCUUUAAUCUUGCUCCACACAAGUACGCGCUACACUUCAACCUCAAACUUCAUUUGUGAUGCUAAUCCCCAUGGAGUUCUUCUCUAAUGUUUUGUCAUGGAAAUGGAUCUCUUUGGAACUAUUUCUGGAGUGCUUUUGUAAAGGUUUAGAAUGUCUUGGGUUUUUUAAUGACUUGUAUGAAGGAGAUUUAUAUAAUGCCUGAUAUUAUUUGUAAAUGGGAAAUAUUGCUAACAUCUCUGAGCAUCCUGAAGUCUUGCUUUUAUUCUCUUUUAUUUUUAAGUUUGGUUUUUAUUUUAUUUCCAAAAAUAUUUUGGGACUUGGGGCAGACUAUUUAUUAGAGUUUUGCAACAGAGUUCUUCUUGUAUGAUGCCACUGAAGGCUACUUGUAAAAUUCUGACAAUAAAACUCAUUUUAAAGGCUCUUCUAAA